CUGCACCCUGGACUCGGAUCUAAUACUUGGCAGCUACCAAUCAGGGUUCAGGACUCUUGUCCCUUUUUCUUCUGCGAGAGGUCAGAUCGUCAGACUUGUGGUAACCAAAACCAAAACUGCUUUAUUCAAUUCUUGGAAAACAGAGAAGGCCAUCAUCUAUCCAUUUCAUCUUUGAAGUUCACAGUCCGACGUAGAUCAGAAAAUAAAAGGGUUUUGUUGAGAGAAAAAAAGAAAAGAAUAAGGAAAAAAUGCUCGCUACCGGAGGAGGAGGAGAAGAAACACCUUCCAGGUAUGAACUGCUGAGCAUGGUGAGAAAGCACUCAAAUUUGUUAGGAAAAACAACAGUUGAUGAGCAAGAUUCUACAGAUGUUGAAAUGGAUCCACACUUUUGGCAUGACAUCUUGGGUAUGUAUUUCAUUCGCGGUAGAGAAUCAAGGGGACGUCAAGAUGAUGAUCUUAUAUUUUUUGUCAGGAAAAUGAACUUGCAUGGAUAUGGUUUCAAUGAUAAUAUGGAAGGAUUCCCUCCUUAUUUCGUACGGAGGUGGGCACCUAAGUUGGAAAAAGUCAUGGGUGAAAAUGCUGGUGAAGUAGAUUGGAGACGUUCAUUUUACUUAAACUUAAUUGCUCACACUUCUUUCACAGUUACAGUUGCAAUUUGCAGUAUUCAGGCUCUUCAGAACUUUCAAAAUGGAGCCGAGACACCAUUAUCUCCUAUAUAUAAGGUUGUGAAGACUGUAUAUGCAUCUCCAAGUCGGGUUCAUUUCCAUCUGGACUCAAGAAAGGAAGUAGAAACAGUUCCUGCAUACCCGGACAUUUGUUUUGCAGUUGAGGACUUUGAUUCCACAUUUGAUGAAGUAGUUUUGACAGAAACAGAUCAUUGUUACUGUGUUCUUCUUAAUGCACAUGAUGGGGCAGCAUUUCCUAUUGAAAAACCCAUGCAUGAUUGCAGCUCUAGUGACAUUUCCUCCUUGAAAAUUGAAGAUGACUCUGGAAGGACCAAGAACUCAAAGCUUACCCUUUUCUCAGGAUUUGUCAGCUAUCAAAUGGUUAGAGAAGCAUAUGAUGCUGGGAGAUCUCGAUUUGGGAGCUUCUUGUCAAUUGGCAAUUUUCCUUCUAAAACAGAUAGACUUUACAUGAAGGGUCCUGGAGGACGUGGAGAAGUUGAAGUAGCUGUUUCUGGUGUUGAAGAUCAAAGCCAGCAAUUUUCAGGCCCUCAUUCACCUGUUCAGAUAUCCAAGAAAGGUUUCGGCAUUGGUACAAUUGUCCGAAAAGCUGCAUCAGCUGCUUCUGUGGCAGCUAAGCAUGCUUAUGCUGCUGCUGCUGCUUCCAGGAGAUCUGAUGAAGAGAUGUUGCCCUUGAAGUGUUGCUUGAUGUCCAUAUCACUGCCUUGGGAAUACAUUGUGCAUGAUCUUUUGUUCAAGGGAAGCCCUCCAGUGAACUUGUGAUCAUCUCAGCGUCCUCCAGUGAUUAUGAGAUUGGCAUGAGGAGCUCUACACUGUUUAG